AGUUAUACUCCAACAGCUAUGCCGAACGGACGUUCCAAGUAUACGUUAUUGUAUAUUGAGUUAGAAAAAAACGACUUAUUCAGUUCUUACUUGAGAUUUAAACUGGAAACAAAGUGGAACAAAUGAUUAAAGAUUUCAAAAUUCUUAAAUUAUACAUAUUGUGAAGAGCGAAAGCGAAAUUUGCUUGAAUUGCAUUGAGUUCUUUUUUUGUGAAUAAAAUCAAAGAAAACAGUUGAAAAAUAUUGGAAUUUUGGACAACCGUCGAUUUCAAAGUCUUCUUAAUUGAUACAUGGACUCAUUUUCGCGAAAUUUUUGUGUUUUUUUUUUUCGACGAGGUGGUCAAAGUGCGUUAUAUCCAAUGCAAUUUGCAUUUAAUUAUGAAUAAAUCGAGCUUUACAUGAAAAAAUAAAAUUAAUAUCGACGCAAGCAAAAGACCGUAUUUGAAUUGUGAAUUUUAGUGAAUUUCGGCGGCUUUUCAAUGAAUCCAAUUUUCGUUGGUUAAUUUUUUCCCUAAAUUAAUUGAACUAUAUUAUUGUGAAUAACGCGAAUAAUUUCAUGUUAAAAAUUUACAGCAAAAAAAGUUUGCCCAAAAUCAACGAGCAAGCAAUGCUAUUAGUGGAAAUUACCCAAUAAAUAACGAAAUUGGCCACGGAUUAAAAUGUAUUGUAUGGCAUUGUGUCGAUUUUAAAUACCAAUGAACCAAACACGUGUCGAUUAUUUCGAUUUAAUAAGAACGUUGCAUUUAUAUUGAUUUAUCAUCAUUUUUUGACGCCUUGACGGAUCAACGAGUUCCAUCUAAUUGAUUUUCGCCCAAGUGUUAUUUCAAGUGUUAUACAAGCUUAAGCCAUUCAGUAAGUUUUAUAGCCGAACAAAAGCGGCCGAACUAAAUUUGAACCAGAAUAAAAACUAUAUUCAGUGCUCUUCGUCUAAAUUAAUUUCAAGUUGACCACAUUUCAACAUCGUGAUCAAAUGAAAAAUGUUCAUGGGAAAUUAUAAGCUCUUUAAUGUAAAUAAUCGCAUAAUUAUUUCACUAUAAUCUCUCCACGUGCACAUUAUUACGAGUGUGUAAUACUUAUUGCCAUUCUUUUUGUAGUAAUUCGUCUAGCUGUUGUGUUUGCUAGUCUGGUCGAAUUGUAUGGAAUCCCAAAUCAAUAUAUUGUACACAUGAAGACAACGGAUGGGGCAACAACAACAACAACAACAACAGCGGAAAAAACGACGUUACAAAUACGAUGGACACAUAUUUUGUCUUUAUUGUGUGUGUGCAAUGUGCAUGCACCCAUAAUAUAUUUCAAGUUGUUGUUAAGCUGUUGCGAAGUUGUGAAAACGAGCGGAAAGGGAUAAGCCAAUGCACGUUGUUGUAGGCUACAAAACAACGGCUCCCCACACUUUAGUCAAACCUCGUGAUAUAAGAAUGACAACUUCGAAGAAAAACCAAACCAAUUACGCUGUGUGUAUUGAGGUUCAAAACACACUAGAAAUUCGAUUCCAUGACAUGGAAAAGUACAAUGAACUGACGUGGAAGAAAAAUCAUUAUUAAGUAUUACAAAUGAAAUUGUAUACCAAACGCUCUGACCGUCAUUUUGCAAGUUCUCAAAAUACUCUGGCAUGGCAAUUUAAUGUAACGAAGAAAAAACGGUUUCAAUGUGCGAGGAUAUCACAUGCAAAAUCACGAGGCAAAAAAUGUGUGUGACAUAUUUUACUCGUUUUUUUCUUCUGUCGAUUAUAAAAUGACAAUGUGAGCAGAAAAUGUGCACCACCGUUGUAAAUCUGUUAUAUGACAGAAUGAAUAAGAAACGUUUUCCUCCCAUAAGGCCCCCAAUUUUCAAACCAUUUUUGCGCAGUUUUUGUAUUCUUUUGAAUAAUUUAAGUGUGAAUAUUCUAUAAUGUGAAUUGUUAUAUAUAGCACAUUUCUGUGAAAUUCUUCCAAUAGAACAAUGGAAGAAAGCACUGCGCCAACAUCGACUACCAAUGCCGUUGACACGGCACGUCCACAAGGCAGCACUCAACGAUCGAAUAGUGAAAACUUGAACUUUCGUACAAGUGGCAGUAAUUCAUCGGGUAGCAGUGGCUACGGAGGCAAACAAUCAUCAUUACCAACCGCUCAAAAGGAUACUAAUAGAACGAUGGAAGACAAUGCGACCACGGCUUCAAUAUCAAAUGCCGUUGACUCGGCAUAUUCCCAAAGUAACAGUCGAUCAUUAAGCAGUGAAAGCUCCCAAUGUCGUAUGCGAGGCAGUAAUUCCAGUGGCAGCAGCGGAUAUGGUGGCAAACAAACGACAGCUAUGUUGCAGGCUCAAGCAGAGAAUAGUGCGAGUAGUGGCAACAGUGCCGAGCUGACAACUACCAAAGAUUUAAAACGGAGCAAAAAUAAAGGGCGAAUGAAGAAAUCCAAAACGAAGCAAUCACAAAAUCGAUCCAACGACGCAACGGCAACAACGCUUGUUCAAGAGACAAAAUCACAAGAAAUCAAACCGAUAAACAACAAAUCGAUCACACCAACACAAGAGGAACAAACAACUUUGGCAACGGACACAAUCACUCUGGAAGACGUGUCAACCAAUGCUGAAAUAAAAAUCAAUCGAAUCGUUGAGAGUAUUCCGGAUAAACAAGCAGCGGAAAGUGAAACUUUACAAAAGGAUAUUCCAAGUGAUACUAAGCCGAUUCAUGAACAUAAUGCCAUUCCGUUGAGUUCAACUGAGUCGAUGAAAGAUAAAACAGAUUCACAUUUGGAUGAAAGUUCGGCAACUGAUAAGCCUGGGUCCGAUGAUUUGGAAGUGGACAACAUUUUGUCGCAUUCAAAAGUCGAGCAACAAACUGCCGAACAUCGUACUAAUCUGAAUCAAGAAAGUUUUUGCUGUGCAAUUUCAAUGCACGAUGGCGUCAUACUGUCCACAACAGCAAAUCUCACCGACAGUCUCGGCUUCCCAAAGGAUAUGUGGCUUGGACGGGCAUUCAUCGAUUUUGUUCAUCCAAAAGAUCGACCAACAUUCGCGAGUCAAAUAACAUCCGGCUAUAUCGAUCACAUUUCAUUGAAAGAGGACUAUUUACGGCAAAGUAACUUCGAGAAAACACCACUAUAUGUGCUAUUGAGAUGCUAUCGCAGCUUCGAUGCCUGUGGAUUUGCUGUAAAGAACAAGCCCAUCUCUUACAAACCGUUCAAGCUGAUUUUUCGAAAAGCGCCUCAAAUGCCGGGAUAUUCCGCCUCCCCACCAAAUGGUGACAGUGCCCUGCGUAUUAUUUGUGCCAUUGCACUAUCUAGCAUCUAUAAAGUUCCUGACGAAGCCAUGAAAAAACAGAAUGCAAAAUUCACGACGCGACAUACAGCCGCCGGAAUUUUAGUUCACAUUGAUGGUACAUCUGUAUCAGCGAUUGGUUACAUGCCUCAAGAUAUUAUUGGCAAAUCAAUAUUGGAUUUAUUUCAUCCAGACGAUAUGAUAAUAUUGAAAACGGCCUCCGAAUUACUUAUGAAAAAUACACAAGUGGCCGAUGGUCGCGUAUCAACGCCACCAUAUCGAUUUCUCAUCAAAAAUGGCUGCUACAUCACGUUGGAAACAAAGUGGACGAGGGUUUUUAAUCCAUGGUCACGAAAACUUGAGUUUGUAAAUGGAGAUCAUUGCAUUCUAAAAGGGCCCAAUCAAUGCGAUAUUUUUGCGAAGACAGGGAAGUUCGCUUGCAAUUUUCCGAAUGUUAUUUUGGAAAAAGCAGCCAUACUAAAAAAUGAACUACUAAAAUCGCUGUCAGAGCCGGUACCAUAUCCCAGCGAUAGUGUAAAGCAGCAGGUGUCGAAGCGUUGUCAAGCGUUAGCUUCAUUCAUGGAGAGUCUGUUGGCUGGAGUCAAACGACAGGAAUUGAAAUUAGAUUGGUUGUCGGAAUGUGAACCGGCUGCGUCUGAGCAUGGAUCGGUAAUGCUUGGCGAAAUAUCGCCACAUCAUCACAGUAAUCAUGAUGACAGUAAGAGUUCAUCAGAAACACCACCGACCUACAAUCAACUCAACUACUUUGAAAAUUUGAAUCGUUUUUUUAACAGCGUUCAGCCGACAUUCGUACCGAAUGAGUUUAAAUCGUUAUCGUAUCAGAUUGAUCAUGUGCCAACGAAUGAUAAGGAUCGAAUGCUCAGUCCAAUUCAGCAGUGUGGCGAAGAGAGUGGUGGAUCAUUCAAUUCAAGCAGCGACAGUCCCCAGUUUGAGAGCACAAAUACGAGCAACACAAGCAACAAUGGAAACCCAAAUAAAAAGAAUUUAGUGCUGACCGAGGCACUUGUCUCACGCCAUACAGACGAUAUGGAACUGCAAAUGGUGAAAAAUCACAAAAAGUAUCGCACCCGUAUCAGCGACAAGAAAAAGGCGCCCGACAAAGGACAUAAUCAAACGUCACGAAAUCAACCGAUGAAACGUAGUAGGCCAAACGAGUUGGGAGGGAAUGAAUUGGGUAAGGAUACAAAUUCACACAAUCAGAAUGAACACCGAUACGCGUCGAAUGUGGCAGAUAGUGCACAAAUCAAUAAAUCAACUGCACAAACUGAAACAAAGAAAACCAAUAAUGAAGGUCGGCCCAGCACAAAUCAUGCAAUGGGGCAGAACAGCAAAGUGCAAGCAGUCCAUUUGUGGCCGCCGUUUUCGGUGAACGCCACAACGACUCAGGAUAACAUUCCGACCAACACGAUUCCGAAUAGCAUUAAUCAGUUUCUACUUUCGAAGCAUCUGUCUACGCCGAUACUAUCGACACCGCAAUACUACGUAUCGCCCGUAAACCCGAAUGGCAUUUUGAAAAUAGAUCAGAAACUGAGUGACCACUCGCCAAAAGUUAUAAAUACUCCACCGAACGGGGGAGCUACCGGAAAUCCUUCCAAUCCGUACACUCUUCAAUACAUCAAAAGUUUGAUGAGUCAACCUCAACAGUUUCUCAGUCAGAAUAUGAUUUAUCCAUAUCAACCGUUGACGUAUCAACCGUUGCCAAUGAUCCAACAAAAAACGGUCACUACCGCACAGGCUAGCGGAGCAACAAAUGUUUCGCUAGAAAUGCCAUCAACAUCACAGCAAGCCAUUCGGAAAAUGGCAUCCGAUCAACUGUCAAACAUGGUUUUAUAUGGCAAUAUUGACAACGCAGAACCAGUUAAUUUAUCGACCACUGCUAACGUGACUGUUGCGAAAUUGAAGGUGAAACCAUGGGCAAAGAUGAAGGAGGACAGUGACGAAAUAGAUGCUUCCAAUUCGAGUUUUAGUUCGAGUUUUUUCGAUUCACAACUGCGUACCGAUGAGUCAUGGGAAUCGGACAAAACAACAUCAAGGGAUGACACGAUGGGCGACAACGAGUCAAAUGCUUCGGCUCAAGGAGUGAAGAAACGUGGUAAAAUUCCAUAUUGGAUGAAAAACGUGGAUUCAACACCAGAACUCGUACUGCGAUAUCAACUGAAGACCAGAGAGCUUGAAGACGCACUCCAAGCCGAUUUACGAGUUUUGAGAGAAAUUAAUCAGCCUGGCAUGGUGAACGAGCAGCUGAAUCAACUCUAUUUUGAGUUAGAUUCCGAGAAUCAAGGUAAAUCGGCCCAUAUAUCGCUUGGCAAUACACCAAGCAAUAGUAGCGAAGACGAAGAAAAUAUGUCGAAAAAGAAGAAAAAUACUCAUUACAGUAAACUGAGUAUGAUAUAUGAAGAAAAUGCUCCAGUUCAACCACCCGUUGAGAUGUGAAUUGGAUAGGUGGUACACAAGCGCAUCAACUAUUCAUAUUUCAUAACCAUUUAUUUUUUUAAGAAACAAAAAAUUGGUAUACUGUUUAUAUUAAGCAUAAUUUAGUAUAGAGAAUAGACCCAUCGAAAUAUUCUAACCACAACAAGUAUUGCUUAGAUCAUUUACAUCAUCUUCCAUGUUUAUAUAUAAUAUUUGAUUGAUUCUGAAAAUUUCAUUCGCGGAAUCUCGUUUUUCAUUGUGAAAUGUUCCAAACGUAUGGAGAAAAUUCAAAGUUAUUCUACUUUGCUUUCGAUUUUCUUCGCAUAUUUUCCAUUAUUAUCGAACAUUUAUUACACAUUUUGUUGAUCAUAUCCAGCCCAGUAUCCAGCAUACUUUUAAAUGAAACAUACAAAAUGUUAGUGCUAUUGUUUAAAUUUUAGAAUACUUUAAUUUUUAAAUAUUUAUUGAUGUUAUUGAAUGUAUGACAUGAUAUAUAAAAAGGAUUAUAUGUUAAUCAUUUGCUUUUUUUUUAAAGGGAGAAAGAUUGUCGCGAUGAAAAUAUUGUAUGGAUAAAUUGGCACGACAUUGGAAAUUUAAAGAAACAAACAUAUAUGGUUUCGUUUAUUUAAAUAAGAAUGAAGACUUUUUUAUGGAAUUCAAUUCAUCCAAUUAUAUUUUUGUGAAUAAAUAAAAUUAUAACAAUAAAGGGCAGUUUAGUUUUUAAA